GACAUUUUAACGGUCAAUACGUGGUGCGGUCACACUGCUUGGUGGAUGGUAAGGUGGUCGAAAAAAGUUGUUAAAAGCGCAGAAAAAGCAAUUGUAAUGCAAGUGCUCCAGUGACUGAAAAGUAAGCAGCCAAGCAAAUAAGUUAAUUAAAGCUAAGAUCAACCGAUCAGAAAAUCCAAAAACGGCACGGGAAGUCAUGAAAUUUGCUCGAUUUAGGCCUGGAUGAUUGGGCAGAAGAACAGGUUUUAGGCCGUGGCAACAACGAAAAAAAUAGAAAAAAACCUGCGACUGGCUUAUACCAUUUACGCCAUUAACGGAGGUCGAUUGUUAUCCCUGUGUGUGUGCGUGGUGUGUGUUUUGUCCAAUAUAUUUGGCUAAAUUCCGCAAAUCCAAUUAACGCAAACGGGAAAAAAGAGUGCAACAAUUUGUGGCUAAUUGAAUUUUACGUGUAUUUUAUUUUGGUUUGCGACCAGCGCAACAACAACAGCGAGCAGCGAGUAGAAAGAGAGGGUAGAGCAGUGAAAAGAGAGGGGGUUUUUUUUGGCCAAAUCCAAAGCUCAGGUAGAAUACACACACACACACGGGCACACUUGUAUGUUUGUUGGGCAAAAACAAUAAUUAUCCAAUUAAACGGUUGUCAAAGAAUGCAUUUAAUUUCAUUGGCCAAUAAGUCUGCGAGAUAGGGAGAUUCUCAACUCUCCACUCCUCCAGUUCCCGCGGAGAUGUCACCGAUUGGAGCCACUUCCUCGCAGCGAAUCCCACAGCAAUAACAUAUAACGAAUAACAAAUGAUGUGAUGCAGCAGCAGGGGUCGAGUUCGGAAUACACAACCUUCGAGUAGUCCAGGCCACCUAGAAUUACCCGGAUCGCACCACGAUGGGCUGGCUGCUGGGCCUCUUCGGGCUCCAGGUCCUGUUCCUCUGGCUCCUGUGGCUGCCCGGCGAGAUCCUGGCCAUUCCCACGCCGCUCAAGCUGCCAGGCUACACCCACAGGCUGACGCCCUACAUCAAGCACUGGGAGGCGGCGAACUUCGAUCGCCAGGUGCUGCAGGCGGCGCAGGUCAGGCACCUGGAGCAGGCUCGCUUCCGGCAGAAGAGAGAGGUGACCACCUCGGCGAGUGGACUGGCGCACACCAUCCGCUUGAAUUUCUCCGCCCACGACAGAGAUUUCCGCCUGGUGCUGCGUCAACAGCCGCACUCGGUGUUCGCCCACGACGUGGAGAUCGAGAACACUCUGGGCCCCAUCGACUACGAUGUGUCGCGCAUUUAUACGGGCAGCCUGGAGGACGACGAGGCGGCCCACGUCCAGGCGAUCCUCACCAGCGACAACCUGUUGGACGGCACGAUAGAGACUCAGGCGGAGCACUACUACAUCGAGCCGGCGCACCGGUAUUCCCAGCAGCUGGCCGAGAGCGGUGUCCACAGCAUAGUCUAUAAGUUAAGUGAUGUAAAUAUGCAGAAGCAGCAGUUCACCGGCGGAGGACUCAACUCCGCCACUCCCGCCAAGACGCACUGCGCCAGCGAGAAGCUGAGGAAGAAGCGCUGGCUGCCAGAGGAGCUGGCCAUGUCGGACGCUCCGGCGCCCACGUACAAUCGUAAUCCGCCCCUGCCGCUGGACUUGGAGGUGCCCUACAACGAUGACUUUCGCGUCCUUGCCUCCGAAGAGGACAAGAGCGAGGAGUCGCCGCGAAAGCACCCAACCACGUCCACAACCAGGAGCACUGUGCGCAGCACCGAGAGCUUCCUGGCCACGCUGACUAAGCCCACGUCGAACCGCAACAUACUUGUAAAUAACUACAAUCCCUCCAAUCUCGGCGAGGGAAGUCGCAGCUACAGCAGCGGCACCAACAAUGCCAACAGCAAUAGUAAUAACAAUAACAGCAACAACAACAACAGCAACAAUAAUAAUAAUGGUAAUAACAAUGUGCGGAAGUUGUACACAAAACACAAGAACAUUAUUGUGAGCACGUACAACCGACCCAUCGAACCGGAAUUCGGAACGCCCUACGAGGAACCGAAUAACAAUGGCACCCGCGAGCUGCCCAGUAACUUCUUCAAUGCCAACUGGACGACGCUCUUUCUGGGAAACAACAACAAUGGCAACGACCGCCCCAGCCACAAGACGCAUGUGGAGAUCAUCACCAAGAACGGAGCGACCAAGAAACCAAACAUCAUUGUGAACAACUACAAUCCGGAGAUUAUAUUUGCCCCCAAUCCGCACAAUCCCAGUUUCAAUAGCAUGCUGAUGACGAAUCUGCUGAGCGGAAGGGGUGGCGAGGACAUCCACAGCUCCCCCAGGCUGCUCUACGAUCGCAAGACCACCUGCAUGCUGUACCUGCAGGCGGAUCACACCUUCUUCCAGAAGAUGGGCUCGGACGAGGCGUCCAUAGAGGCCAUCACGCGGCAUGUGCAGCGGGCCAACACGAUCUACCGAAACACGGACUUCAACAACGAUGGGAAGCCGGACAACAUCACCUUUAUGAUCAAGCGCAUCAAGGUGCACAACAUGAACGCGAUGAAGGAUCCCAGCUACCGAUUCCCCGGCAACUACGGAGUGGAAAAGUUCCUGGAACUGUUUUCGGAGGAGGACUACGACGCCUUUUGCUUGGCCUACAUGUUCACCUACCGUGACUUCGAGAUGGGAACCUUGGGCUUGGCCUGGACGGGAGAUCUAAAGAAUGCCGGCGGAGUCUGCGAGAAAAAUGGUCAUUAUCGCGGGUCCCUUAAGUCACUCAAUACGGGAAUUGUCACUCUGUUGAACUAUGGAAAGCAUGUGCCACCGGCGGUCUCCCAUGUGACUUUGGCCCACGAAAUUGGCCACAACUUUGGAUCACCGCACGAUCCGGAGCAGUGUACCCCUGGUGGCGAGGAUGGCAACUUCAUCAUGUUCGCACGCGCCACUUCGGGCGACAAGAAGAACAACAACAAGUUCAGCACCUGCUCUCUGAAAUCAAUAGAACCCGUGCUGAAUGCCAAGGCACGUUCCAUGAAGGGCUGUUUCACAGAGCCGCAGUCAUCGAUUUGCGGCAAUGGCGUGGUGGAGCCGGGCGAGCAGUGCGACUGCGGAUGGGAGGAGGACUGCAAGGACUCGUGCUGCUUUCCCAUGUCAAGGCAACCGCGUCUGGAUGAAACUCCGUGCACUCUGACGCCGCAUGCCCGCUGCAGUCCCUCGCAAGGACCCUGCUGCACCACCGAUUGCAAACUGAAGUUCGGUGACAAGUGUCGGGAUGAUAACGGCUGCCGGGAUCCUUCAUUCUGCGAUGGGCGAGUGCCGCAGUGCCCUCCGUCGGUGAACAAACCCAACAAAACCAUCUGCAACAAGGAGUUCGUCUGCUACAUGGGCGACUGUACGGGUAGCAUUUGUUUGGCCUAUGGUCUGGAAUCGUGUCAGUGUAUUCCGGGACCCCAAGACGAUCGGAUCAAGUCAUGUGAGCUGUGUUGCAAGCUGCCAGGAGAGGACAGUCCCUGCCGCAGUUCCUUCGAGUGGAAUGAGGCGCCCUUCGAUGUGCCCGAUAUGUACUCCAAGCCUGGAACUCCCUGCAAUGAUUAUAAUGGAUACUGUGAUGUGUUUCAAAAGUGCAGAGAGGUGGAUCCCUCUGGACCACUGGCCACGUUGCGCAAGCUCCUGCUUUCCGAAGAGAGCAUCGCCAGCUUCAAGAAGUGGAUGCAGCACAACUGGUACACGGUAGCUUUAGCUGCUGUGGGCGUUAUCCUGCUCCUGGCGCUGAGCACAAAGCUGCUGGCGAAGCGGUCGAAUCUGAAGCUUAAGUCCGUCACCAUUAUACACAGCGCCACCACGGAGACAGUGCGUCUUCCGGAGAACAACAACGGCGUGAUAGUUCAUACAGCCGUGAGGACAAAGGUACCUUUCAAGAAGAAGGUUCGUGGCGAGCGAACCAAGAAGCCAGGAACGGGAACAGUAGCUGGAGCGGGAGUAACAGCCACUGCUGCAGCUGCCACCCGAAGUGCAGCCAAAAGCAGUGCCAAUCCGGAGCCAAAGAAGACCACUAGAAGCCAAGCGAUGGCCAAGAAGAAAUCCCUCGAGGAGGAGCCCAAGAAGUCCAGCAAGAAGAUGGGCAAGCACAUGAAGGAGAUCAUCGACUAUUCAAACCGCAACAACAACGGCGACGAUGCCUCCAACUUGUCGACCACCAAUAACCAUACCAACACCUUUGGCAAGGUGCAAAAGUGGCUGCUCGAAUCGCCCAUUGUGGCUCAACCAUUGUCCCACAUUGAGCACAGCUCUCGGGUUCGCAAGGUGAUGAGCAAAUCGCAAUCUACGCCAGAGAGACUGGUGCAAAAGACACCGCAGAAAACCAAGUCCAUGGGCAAUCUGUCCAACGAGAAGGUCAAACUGCAGGUGGUUUACAAGCCGCCCUUCAAGUUUUCCCUGAGAUUGUCCAAGAAACCGAAAGUGAAGACCCAUGUGGUGGGCGCAGGUGUAAGGCCAAAGAGAAGCCAAAAGACUAGUAACCGAACUGGGGGACAGUCCGCCUCAAAGGAAGUGUCUACGCGCGCCAAGAGGAGUGCCCUUCUGCUCUGCAACGAGGCGGAGGACGAUAACCAGAUCCUCACUCUCAACGAGCCCAACUACGAGACCUUGAAGCCACCAACGCCUCCACGUUCCAUGGAACAUUGCUACGAGAAUGUGGACAUGCAGGCAGAGGCCUCCAGCUCAAAGCCUAGUAGUAGCAGCAAAGUGGCUCCUAGCUCACAGAACAGAGCCAGCUUGGAGGUGACUCCUCCAGUUCCUGCCCAGAGGAACUCCUAUCGCAGGUCUAACUCCCUGUCCACCCAUAAUCCAUUUGCGGCCGCUCCUCGCCGGAGCAGCAGCAAGGCCAGCGGAUCGGUCAAUCUCACGCGGAACUUUGGCAGCACUCAGAAUCUGAUCAAUCUCAGCCAGAAUCUGUCCAAGAACAAGAAGCGCAGCAGUCUGAACCUGAAGGCAAGUGGUAGUGGAGCCACCAGAAGCGGGAAAGAUCCACCAACUAUGGCAGUCGCCUCGCCACAGAGACGUUCCUCGUCCAAUGCCAAUCUCCGCAGGGACAGCAGCGUGUCCUCCUCAAAGGCAGUGCCUGUUCCGCCCACAAGGAACUCGCGGAAUAGCUUUAGCAACAUUCCUAGGGCCAGUUUGGGAGGAGCAAACAGCAGUGUCGUCCCCAGCACUGGAGCACCUCCGCCCAGUUUCUCUCGCCAAUCUUCCAGCAGCACGGCCACCAGCAGCUCAUCCAUCACUCCAGGCCUAACCACCGGAGUGGCGUUGCAGCAAUCCGCCUCCACCAGCGCCAUGCAGCGUCACCCGCCCUCGCAGCCCACGAGAAGAAGCCUCCACAACUUCAGGACGCGCUCCACGGGCACAGGAGCUGCAACCGGAAAGCCAGGAGCAGCAGCCACUUCUGCAGCAGCAACAUCUGCAGGAGCCGCAGCCGCAGCAGCAUCGAACGAGAACAACGAGCUGCCUUCGGACCUGGAGGUGGUUGUGUCCGAUGUGGAGAACCUGGUUAGCUAAGGGCAGCUCUCCCGUUCCAGUUUCCAAAACCAACCAAGUGAAAGUGAUAAGUCUUAAUGUUAGUUAUACAAAUUGUCGCAUAGGUUUACUUGCAUAACACUGCCUUAAACUUGCCGUUUCUGCUGAAAAUGUGAAAUACCACGCCCACUCACACGAACAGACACUCAACCGCAUUCCACACGCCCAUAAAUCUCCCGACCAAGGCUCGCCCCAGCACCUCGAAUGCAUCACCACCCACUAGGGCACCCUAUCACCCACUGAUGCCACCGCAAUCCAAACCGCAGCCGCACUCACCGCACUUUGUACCUUCUACUGUUUACUGUUUACUGUUUGCAUUCUAGUUCCGGUUUCCAGAUUCGAUUGGACAGUUGGAUUAGAAGUUGAGAUAGAUGAAGAUGAGAUCUCACCAAUCCUUACCUAUUUGAUCGAAUCAUGAAAUGGAAACAGGGCAUAUGCUCGUAAUUCAAUGACGUUUUCUACUUAUCGAACCAAAACUAAAAGAGCUUUACAUAAAGCCAAAGUCCCAUUUCACAGAUACUCGAUUUCAGAACCAGUUGUAAGAAGAAAAUCGAAUUGAAAUACCUGAUCAUAUGCUCCCUCUUUACGUUUGCCUGAACUUGGUCUAUACUCUAAAUCUAUAGUUGUUUUCAAAACAGUAUUACUGCAUUGUUAUGUACCUACUAUACACUUUAACUGCCUAGGUUGCCUGCUCUUCAAGUUUCGAACAACGAUCACUACUCAUCUGAACUACGACGACACACAAAACAAUACAAGGUGCUAUUUUAGUAAGGAACUAAAACGAUGAAAUAUUAGCCGAGAACAUUUCAAAAUACUUUGCAUAUUUUCUGAAGAUCAAAACUAAGAUUAGAGAGAUUAGAGAGGAAUAAAGGAAUAGAGGAAGAUAGAGGUUGGUGUAGCUGGAGAUGUAGCAUAUAGGAAAAUAUAAAUGGGGAGCCGGGUAAAGUUGCAAAUAGCUGUACGGAUUAGAUACAAAGAUAACCAACGAUACUGUCAAUAAAUCAAAAGCAUCAUGCAUCGAAAGUAGGUCUUAGAGAACUCCCAGCCAGCCACAUAGGAAGUUAGCCACCCGAGCACUGACACUUAUCCACCCGAUCCCCUCGAGCACGGCACCUGUACACACGCAUCGAUCCCAUAGUGACACCCUUAGCAGCCCGUAGUGUACAUAGGAUAGCGAAUGGUCAUAGUUUUUAUAUGCAAUCCAGUUAGAGCAAUGAGAGCAAACAAUAAGGAGACACCCCACACCAAUCGAUAUUCAUAGCGCCUAGGAUAUAGAGUCACAUUCCGUAUCGAGCCACUGAGCAGCGGCUUCUGAGUUAGACACCAACAACACCCAACACCCAGCAUUAAGGAUCUUAGGCUAAGGACAACAAUUGAUAUUUGUAGCUAUAUGAACGUGUAGGAAAUCAAAGGCGUAUCAAGAGUAUAUACAUACAUCCAUGUGGGGCGUGCAAUAGCCAUUGCAACUGUACGAGCAUUUGGGUAUAUUUUUGUGGAAUAUACAAGAUACAGAUACAAGAUAGAAGCCAAAAGCUCAGCUCAAGAGACCCAGCACCCAGGAACCAUGACCCAUGACCCAGGACCCAUUACCCCACAACCGACCCAAAAUAUCGUAUAUAGACAGACAGACAGUUAACGCGUUGGCCAGUGAAGAAACCGGAAACGGAAAUAGUUAAAACGAGUACGCGACAAUCGCUUUGAAAUGCUUAACAUAAAGAUGAAUACUGAUAAACCCGAAGUCGAAGAGGAGUCUAGUUUCUACCUUGUCUCGACAGCAUAUUUCAAUACGAAACUAUACAAAAUAUGGCAGGCAAAAGAUGGAAACUUACCAAAAGAUAACACUAGGAAACACAAAGAUACACCGGAGUGGGAUAUGUUUUCCUAAUAGAUUUUAGUGAGUGCAAACCAAAUGGGAAGUACUUGGAGAUACUUCAGCUCAAACUGGAGAAGAGAAACCUAUAGGAUCAUGUACUCCCAUCCCGUGUAUUUCCAAAGGUCACAUUUUAUUAUCCAGUGUAUUAAAGAGAUGAAUUUUGCCAAUGUUUGUGUGUACUGUAUAUACUUAAAUGCAAAUGAUUAUUGUCUAAGCGAAAUGGAGCGAAGUAUUUUGAGCGUGACAAAAAGACUAUUUAGCGCGAAAAGAACAAUUUUUGUGUAUUGUACAUAAGGGAACCGAUUGAUUUUAAUCUAAAUAUACAUAAAUAUUAAUGUAAUUGUAAAACUGCAAACGAUUUUUAAAUCUGUAUGUGUAUUGUGUACCUCAAUUGUAAUUAAUUUUUAUACUUUUCAUGAGAUGGAUUAAUGCUAUUUUUUAUAAUUUAGCUAAAUGAAUGAUAAACACGUAUGUACGUCUCCCGAUUCCCCACGAAACCAUCGUCUACCCCUAGUUAAUGGCCAGUUUUAAAUGUUGUCCAAGACCGCAUCACCCAUCCAAGAACCUAAAUGAAUAAUAUGUAAUUUUGUCAAUUAAGAACGCGUAAAUGUCUUUAAGAAAUCGAAUGAAAAACAAACGAAAUUAAUUGAAUCGAACAAAACAGAAACCGAAGAGCAAAGAAGUGAAUACUAGCAUUUUACGAUUACAUUUUAACAUUUUUAAAGACAAGCGAACAAGAAGCACAUGUGUGACAA